UUAGCUACCUGUGCAUGAUCGCUCUAUCAUGGUCCUCCCCAACCUUGUCAGAGUCUCCUCCACCGGAGGUCAUCUCUCUAAGGGAAGGAGACACAUCUCCAACACAUUUGGUUCAGCACAAGAGAAGGCCCCAAACACACACCUGCUAAAGAAAUCAUCUGUCGUACUUAGCAGCAUGGCCAUGGAGGCAAUGGUGGUUCUAUCACUGGGAACUCAGGUUUCGGGGGCUCCAGUACCUCUAUUGGCCAAUACCACAUCCUACAGGCCCCACCCCAUACACUGGAUUCCCGCUCUGGGCUGGAACAGAUGGUCCGCUCUGAGUCACCAGCUGUGGGUACUGGUGUGGUCACCACAUGAUUCUCACAGAACUACCUAGAAGGCGUUAUCAGGUAGAGGCAGUGGGGGUGAGGAGCUUUCAUAGAAAACCUUCUGUGAUGAAACACCACAAAACCAGAGUGAACAUGAGGUCACUGAGCCCACCCCACCUCCUUCGUCUCCUGGGGGCUAAAAGGGAGCAAGGAGAGCACACCAGCAGCUUCGACCUGGGCGGCCUUCCGAUGCAGCUGCUCCUGCUCCUGUUGGCCUUCUUCCUGCCCCCCGGGGCAGAGGCAGACGAGAUCAUCGGGGGCCAUGAGGCCAAGCCCCACUCCCGCCCCUACAUGGCCUUUCUUCAGAUCUGGGAUCAGGGAACUCAGAAGAGGUGUGGUGGUUUCCUGAUACGAGAAGACUUCGUGCUGACAGCUGCUCACUGUUGGGGAAGCUCCAUAAACGUCACCCUGGGGGCCCACAACAUCAAGAAGCAGGAGAAGGACCAGCAGGUCAUCCGUGUGAAAAGAGCCACCCCCCACCCAGCAUAUAGUUCUACCGACUACUCCAAUGACAUCAUGCUGCUGCAGCUGGAGAAAAAGGCCAGGCGGACGGCAGCUGUGAGACCCCUCAGGCUGCCCAGUAGCAAAGCCUGGGUGAGGCCAGGGAAGGAGUGCGCUGUGGCUGGCUGGGGCCGGACUUCCCCGGAGGGCAAAGUCUCAGACACACUGCAGGAGGUGGCGCUGACCGUGCAGCAGGACAAGACAUGCGAAUCGCUUUCUAAGCCCCCCAACAGUUACAAGAAGGCCAUCGAGAUUUGUGUGGGGGACCCAAAGAUAAAGAAGUCUUCCUUUAAGGGGGACUCUGGAGGCCCUCUCGUGUGUGACAAUGUGGCCCAGGGCAUCAUCUCCCAUGGAAAACGCAAUGGGAUGCCUCCACGUGUCUGUACCAGGGUCUCGAGUUUCCUACCCUGGAUAAAGAAAAUGAUGAAAAGCCGCUAACUGCAGGAAGCAGACUAAGCCCCCUCUGUGACUGACCAAGUUCUCUGGACCUGAGUCCACAUUUACACUGUGGGAGGGAGGUGCCAGCAGCUGAAUAAAUGCACCCUAGCUAA